CUCUCCGGCUCUCGCGCUCCCGCCAGUCGCCCGUCCAGCUCGUCGAGUCCUGCACUCGCCCGACCGCAGCCAUGGAAGCCAUCAAGAAGAAGAUGCAGAUGCUGAAGCUGGACAAGGAGAACGCCAUCGACCGAGCGGAGCAGGCCGAGGGCGACAAGAAGCAGGCCGAGGACCGCUGCAAGCAGCUGGAGGAGGAGAAGCAGGGGCUGCAGAAGAAGCUGAAGGGCACCGAGGAUGAGGUGGACAAGUACUCGGAGGCCGUCAAGGAGGCCCAGGAGAAGCUGGAGCUGGCCGAGAAGAAGGCGGCGGACGCGGAGUCUGAUGUGGCAUCACUGAACCGGCGCAUCCAGCUGGUAGAGGAGGAGCUGGACCGUGCGCAGGAGCGCCUGGCCACCGCGCUGCAGAAGCUGGAGGAGACAGAGAAGAUGGCUGACGAGAGCGAGAGAGGAAUGAAAGUCAUCGAGAACCGAGCCAUGAAGGAUGAGGAGAAAAUGGAGCUCCAGGAGAUGCAGCUGAAGGAAGCCAAGCACAUUGCGGAAGAGGCGGACCGCAAAUACGAAGAGGUUGCUCGUAAGCUGGUGAUCCUGGAGGGAGACCUGGAGCGCUCUGAAGAGAGGGCAGAGGUGGCCGAGAGUAAAUGUGGUGACCUUGAGGAAGAACUGAAAAUUGUCACCAACAACCUCAAGUCUCUGGAAGCUCAGGCAGACAAGUAUUCCACCAAGGAAGACAAAUAUGAGGAGGAGAUCAAGCUGCUGACAGACAAGCUCAAAGAGGCUGAGACCCGGGCAGAGUUUGCUGAGAGGUCUGUGGCGAAGCUGGAGAAGACCAUCGAUGACUUGGAAGAGAACCUGGCCAGUGCCAAAGAGGAGAGUGUCAGCAUCCACCAGGUCCUAGACCAGACGCUGCUGGAACUGAACAACCUGUGAGGGCUGGCGCGGCGGCCCCCGGCCUCUCCAGCCACGCAGCGGCCCCACCAGCCCCACCAGGAGAAGGGCGGUCCCCGGCCCCAGGCCUGCGCAGGCCCCUCUGGGGCUCUGCCUCUGCACUGCCCCCCAGCCCACACAUUAAAGCAAGCUGAACGGA